CUGAAUCGCUGAUAUAAUUGUAACUUUUUAUUAUAGAUUGUUGGUAUGUAAGGUGUUAUAUUAGACAGAAGUUUGAAUACAUUGUUGGUAUUGAAAUUGUCAAAAUGCCGCAAGAACGCAGCCAAAAAGAUGCAGUGGAGACUGUUUUAAAGAAGUUAAACUCAGAACGUCCUAACAGCAUUCCUGAAAAGGAUUUGGUUUUCUUAAAAGUUAUAAUGGAUAGCCCUGUUGUGCAGUCCCUUGUCAAAGCUCAUGGUACUUUGGGGUUUGGUAAACUAACACCAGAAUCAGACCAGUUGUGUGUGUUGGUUGAAGAAGUGGUUCAAAAUGUGGAAAAAUCUGACAACGAACUUGAGUUGUGUAAAAUUUUUCAGCACGCCCAUGUUCGUUGCUUGUUUCAAGCUCAUGAUAAAAUUUCAAGCCUUCGAAAUCGGCAGUAUGUGAAUAUGUUGGGACCUGGCAGCGGAGAAUGGAAGAAUGCCGUCCGUAUGAUCGGAAUGUCAAAGAAAAAUGACGAGAAUCUUGGUCUCACAGUUGCACUUGUGGGCGAGGAUAUCAAAGUUACUCGAAUAUUACAUGGAGGUCUUAUACACAAGCAAGGCCUUCUGCAUGAAGGGGAUAUUAUCACUGAGAUAAAUGGAAACAAUGUAAAAGGGAAUCCAGAACUACUUAAAGAGUAUUUAAAGAAGUCCGAAGGUUCCUUUGUUUUAAAGACGAUUCCAAGUUAUAAUUCUUUACCUUCCGAAGGAGAUAUUUUUGUUAAAUGCAACUUCAAUUAUUCACCACACGAGGACACUAUGAUACCUUCAAAAGAAGCUGGGUUAAGUUUUACUAGAAACGACGUUAUUAAAAUUGUUGAUCGGCGGGACUUAAAAUGGUGGCAAGCACAGCAUGUCAAUGAAAAAGGAGAACCCCAAGGAAGAGCUGGCCUUAUUCCAAGCCAGGAUUUACAAGAAAGGAGGCAAGUUAAUACAAUGUCCCUGAAAUCCAAACCGGCGCUUCAAAUGUACAAGCUUUCCCAGCAUGACCAGUUUAGUUUGGGUGGAGUUAAUUUGUAUGAAGAAGUCACUAACAUGCCUCCAUUUACAAGGAAACUGGUUAUCCUGUUAAGUGAGGAUCCAGAAUUAGCUCAUAAAGUUAAAAUGAAACUUGUGAAAACGUUUCAACACCUAUACAAACAACCUAUAACUCAUACCUCUAACAAGGACAAAAGCGAUAAUGCAAACUAUCAUGUCACCGAUAAAGACAAAAUGCUAGAUGACAUCAGAAAGAACCUCUAUUUUGAGCAUGGUUACCAUGACGACCAGAUUUUCGGAACAAAAUACAAAUCCGUUAGCAACGUCAUGAAAUCGGGAAAAAUAUGUGUAAAAAAUUCGUCACCAAAGGAUUUAAAUUUUCUGAUGACGUCAGAGUUUAUGCCAUAUGUAGUGAACCUUCACCCAAUUAAAGAAAAAGAGACGAAUACAAUGGGGCAAUACAUGCAUUUAGUCAAUAUAACAUUAACAUGCGAAUCUGAAGAAGCUUACUGUGCCAAAGUUCAUGAAGAAAUUCAAUCACUUAGCACCCGAUCGCAAUGGGUCCCUAUAACAUGGGUCUAUUAAUUAAAUAAUCAUAAUUAAAUGAACAUUUACACCAUUCAUAAUAUGUUGCUAUUCUGUUUUAAAGUUCAGUGCUAUAUGUUGUCGAAUGCAUAACACAAACACACAUGAUGCAUAUUUACAACCAAUAACUUUUUGUCCUAAUAUAAAUAAGCGCAAAAAAAGCUUUAUAGUAGGGUGGGGGGGAGAUGGGGCACUUUUAGCACAUAUUAUUUAAAUAUCCUGAUCGGGUUUUAAACAAUUAACAACGGUCUACGGUAGUCAUGAGGAUACAGUUUUAAAAUUAUUUGAAUGUUAUUUGUUCACUAUCAAAUAGCACAAGAAAAUCCCAUCUUCCCUGUCCCAUCUCCCCCCACCCUACUAUAUUAUUAAUUCAAAGAUGCUAAUCCAUUUCUUAUGCAUAAUUUAUAUUCUGUAUAACACCCCAAUUAACCUAAUUUGCAUACAACAGUCAUAUAAGCAAAUGGUUUCCCUUCAUGAAAUCUAAUCGCAAUAAUAAUCAAAUUACUUAUUUACUUACAAAGUCAUAAUACUUAUUGUUCUCUAUUUUCCGAAUAAUAGUUUCAGGUGUGAUGUUACAGUGUUUCAUUCAUGGUAGUGUUCUGCUGCCAUACAGUUGAAAAAUAUGUCAUUGUUAGAAAUUGACAAAAUUUCGUAUAAAACCAGAAAUCCUUAAAAAAACAGCAAAUAAUAAAAAACAUUUGUAGGUAAAUUUUUGUCAAUAUUUUGGUUCUGCCCGCACAUUUUCUGAUAUACAAUUUUGUACCUACGUUCUACUACUAUUUUUACUAGGUGUAAUGUAAAUAUAAAUUUGUAAAUAUCCUUCAUUGUGAUUACUGAUUUCUAUGUUAAAAUUCAAGGUGAAACAUUAAUAUUAUUGUUCGACAAAUUGUUGCACCUCAUUUACUAUAGAAAUCUUAUAAACCAAGAGAAACAAUGAAAAUAAUAUAAAACUAAACAUAUUGAGUUCCAUGAAUUGUAGCGGACGUUAUUGUUCAUUGUUUUAUAUUACACAAACACCAUUGUCCCACCUCAUACCUUUGUUCUGUGUAUUGUGUGUUUCAAACGUUUAGAUUUAAAUCCAGAACCAUUUUGUUAAGACAGGAUGCUAAGCUAUAUAGUUGUGUGGACAAACCAACUUAGUGUGUUUAUUAUAAUUUAACAAAAUGUUUAAUUAAAUAAAAAAAGUAAUUAAAAAUGAAAAUGAAAUAGUUUGGAAAGGUAAAAAGUUGUUAAAUUAAACAUUUUAUUUGCCUGAUAAAGAAUUGUAUAUGAUGUCAUAAUGUAUGUUUUUGUUGUUACCAUAUUAAUACUGGAGUGAUUAAGAUUAUGCUGUCACAUACUUUAGUUGGACCAUCAUCAAUUUACAUUGUAGGUCACAGCAAUAGAAACUAUUAAAAGUAAAAAGAAAUAUGCUUUUUGUUAAAUUUAAGAAACAUUUAAAUAAUAUGUUAACUAAAAAAAUAAACAAUUAUUUUAUUUUAAAAAAAACUGGUACUGGCUCAAGGUAUAUAUAAUGUUUAUAAAUGUCAGAAUAGUUAUUUUUCCUAUCUUCCCCCUCCAUGUUAUUUUCCCAUAAACUUUGCAAUGUUUGUUAUGUUCAUGUGAUUAUAAUAAAACAACAAACUCAAA